AUGCAAUAAUUACAACUUUAUUUAUAAUAAAAGCAGUUAGAGGAAAAUUGUAUCCUUAUUAUUAAUUAUUUUCAGAGGAUCGAUAAUAGCAUUAACGCUUUGCAUUGCUAGCAUAUGAAUGUGAAUAACAAUUGAGGGAUUACUAACCCAACAAAUCCAAUACUUACAUUGCCCUCACCAAUUACAUUGAUUGCUAUGGAUACAACCCUUUCGAUGGUAAUUUUAUCAUCAUCAUCCUUAGAGCAAUAUUUGAAUACCCAAGCAAUUGUAUAGUUGGAGAAUUAUAAUCAAAUCAAAUUUGAACAAAAUUUAUAAAUUGCAUUACAAAUAGAUGAUUAGUUAUUGCAAUAUUUUGAUAAGCAACUACGUUGUGGUACUAUUGCUGAAGAAGAUGAUGACGAAGAAGUCCAUCCAGAUUCUAAUGAUUCUUAUGUCUUUGAUCCUAUGAAAGGAUUAAAAUUAUAAAAGGAAAUCCAAUUAUAAAAAUAAUCCAAAUCAUCAAAACAACCCAAAUCAGUUCAACCAUAUUAUGAUAAAGAUUAUCCAUCAUAUAAAUAGCAAUAUCAAUAUUCAAGUGUUAAAAAACAACUGAAAUUAUCCGAUUAGAAAUCCGAUGAAUAUUAUGAUAUUUAAGAUUUUUCAAAUAAAUUACACCAAGAUGAAUAAGAAUACGAAGAACAUUAACAAUAUAAUCAAGAUUAAUUUUAUCAAGCACCAUAAGAUACCGAAUAAAGAGAUGAUGGUCAAUAUGAUAUCCCCUAAUUUGGAAGCUAUGGUAAUUCUAUAAUAUAUCAUCAAUCUAGAUUCAGUCACAUUCAAAUAGCAACUCUAAGAGUAAAUCUAAUUCUAUUAAAAUGAAUUAAGACUAAGCAAAUAGAGUUUAGAAAAGCCACUCCUAUUCCAAUCUCCGUUGAAGCAGGAUCUUCUCAACAAAUUUGAAUUAACUCAUGGCAACAAUAAUGUAAUUACUAGUGAAAAUAAAAAUGAAUUUAAUAGUUCAGACACUAAAUUUCAAAUUACAAGUGCCAAUAAGUUUAUUAAUGAUUAAGAAUAAUAAAUUAUGCCCGUUCCUAUAAGUGAAUCUCCAUAAAGAUUACGAUAAUAAUAAAAAAAAUAACCAUAAAUCUAACAAGUAUCCUUAUUGGGUAGUUUAUUUACACCAUAAGUAUUGAAGGAGAUGGAAUAUUUAAAUGAUGAUUUAUUACCACAAUAAGAAUACAGCAUACCUGUAUAAUAUUAAGAAAUAACAGUUGAAAGAGCAUUUAUAGAUGAAAGAAGAAAAUAGUAACAAUAAUAAUAGUAAUAAUAACCUUAAUAAUAAUAAUCUUGUUAAUCAUAACCUUAAUCUUAAUUAUCAAUUUAAUCAAAGACUGUUGAAUCAAAAUAAAGAAAAAGAACUCACCCAACCUUCUCUCCCUUCAGAAUAUAAAUGAUGGAGGAAAUUAGAGAUGCUUUAGAAUCUAAACCAAUUGUAGAUGAUUUAAAGGAUGGAAAAACUUAACUCGUAAGUUUAUUUUGUUUAUUUCUAGUAUGUUAUGUAACAAUUAUAAUCAAAAACCAAUGAAAUUUUUGAAUUCACUGUAUCUCUUGCAAAAGAGGUAUAAAGCAAAGGGUGGCUAUCAAAAUAAUCAAUUAUUAAAAUCAAUGAUCAAUAUAAAGAGUUUAGCCAUCUAUUAAUGAAAAAAUAACCCAAUCUAUAACAAAAACAAGAUAAUAAUUCUAUUGUCCAAAGAAUGUAUUCUUAGAUGACUGAAUAUUUGACAACUCAAUUUAUCUAAUAGUUAAAUCUAUAAUAACAAAGUGAAUCUGUAUAUUUAAAUGCAAUAUUCACACCAAUUAUUAUUGCUAUUGCUAUUGUAGAUAAAGAUUUCCCUAGAAUUAACUCGAAAAUACCUCCCAUUAAUUUAAAAUUAAUAUAAAAAGCAUUUUAGAAUGUAUCUUAAACAGUUUAAACAAUUAAACAACUUCCAAAAUUAUUAUUGUAAAGAUAAAUUUUCCAAAGAGACUUGUGUCUCUUUGAAGAAUCUUUAGAAAUGCUUCAAAACCUGAUGUCUUAAUAAGAAGCUGUCACCAUCAUUCAAAACAAAGAAUUAUAUUAAAUAAUAAGACAAUGUUAUGUAAUACAAUAAUGUUUUUAAUUGAUGGAGAAUCUAAGAAUUGAGAAUGAUCAUGUUUUAUAAUUGAAUGACAAUAAGAAAUACUAAGAAUAAUGGAAGCAAAUUGGUACAAGAUAUGCAUCAAAGAAAAAUAAGGAUGAUGCGUUAUAAAAAUAAAAUUAGGAAAUGCUUGAAAAAUUUGGUAUAGACUUCUACGCUUGGUAAUUAAAUCUUUAGAUUUAAGAAAAUGAAAUUAAAAAGAUUAAAAGAUUGGAAAAUGAACAAUUAUGGAAAGAUAAGAGAAAUGAAAAGCAAUAACAAAAAUAAGCAGUUCAGAAAGAAAAUUAAGAUAUCUUAAGAGAAAAUGAAGAACAAUAUAAAUUAAACCAAGCAAUUAAAGAGCAUGAUAAGUAGAAAAAGGCUUAAGAAUUUAGAGAAAGACAAUAAUAGAAGGCUUAUAGUUCUGUCAUGAUGAAAUAAUAGCAAAAAUGCGAUUAAUAAGAUAUGAGAAAGAAUCAAAGUCAAAUAAUAAGACAGAGUUCAGAAAUCCUGAGUAUAUAAAAAUUGGAUUUAAAGAACGAAAAAGACAGUGCCUGCAAAUACAGGCAAGAUAGAAUCAAUAGUGCUAGAGGACAUAAAAAAGAGAAGUAAACUAAUAGCCAAAAAAAAGAGGAAGAGGAAAGAGUUUGGCAAAAGGCUCAAGAAUUGUUAGCAAAAUAAAGUUAAUUGCUUCAUUAGAAAAAGUUAAUUCUUUAACAAUUAAAAAAUAAAUGA